UUUGGCCGGAAGUUCCGGGAGGCCCUUUAAACCCGGCGGGUGUCCUGGGCCGGGCUCGGUCAGCUCGCGCCCCUAUUGCCAAACCCCGCGCGCUAUCGCGAGACUCGGGAGGGGGGACCUUCCGGUCUUGGUCCGGCGGGGCAGUGUGGGCUCAGCGAUGCGGUCGCGCCUCCUGUGGGGUGCUGUGCGGUGUCUCCGGGCGCGCCCGGCCGUGGCCCCGGCCCCCCGGCACCGGAGCUGCGGGAGCCUGCCGGUGGAGGAGCUGUUCGCCCGCGGCGGGCCCCUGCGCACCUUCCUGGAGCGCCAGGCGGAGUCUCAGUCCCAGGUGCAGGCCCCCAGGGGGCCUGAGCUGCUGGCCGUGGCCAAACUGCUGAGCGAGAAGGAGCGGGAGCUGCGGGAGACCGAGCCCUUGCUGCACGAUGAAAAUGAAGACCUAAGGAAACUUGCAGAAAAUGAAAUAGCCUCCUGUCAAAAAGAAAUAGCUCAAUUGAAGCAUCAGAUUAUCUUACUUUUGGUUCCCUCAGAAGAAACAGAUGAAAAUGAUUUGAUCCUGGAGGUAACUGCAGGAGUUGGGGGUCAGGAGGCAAUGUUGUUUACUUCAGAGAUGUUUGAUAUGUAUCAGCAAUAUGCUGCUUUUAAAAGAUGGCAUUUUGAAACCCUGGAAUAUUUUCCAAGUGAAAUAGGUGGGCUUCGACAUGCAUCUGCCAGCAUUGGGGGUUCAGAGGCCUAUAAGCACAUGAAGUUUGAAGGAGGUGUGCACAGAGUACAGAGAGUGCCAAAGACGGAGAAGCAAGGCCGCAUUCACACCAGCACCAUGACUGUGGCAAUAUUACCCCUACCCACUGAGAUUAAUCUAGUGAUUAAUCCUAAAGACUUGAGAAUUGAUACUAAGCGAGCCAGUGGAGCUGGGGGGCAGCAUGUAAAUACCACCGACAGUGCUGUCCGGAUAGUUCAUCUUCCAACGGGUGUUGUUUCUGAAUGCCAACAAGAGAGAUCUCAACUGAAAAAUAAAGAGAUGGCUAUGAAAAAGUUACGUGCAAAACUAUACAGCAUGCAGCUUGAAGAAGAAACAAAUAAAAGAUACAAUGCUAGAAAGAUUCAGAUUGGAAGUAAAGGAAGGUCAGAGAAAAUAAGGACAUACAAUUUUCCACAGAAUCGUGUCACAGAUCACAGAAUAAACACGUCACUUCAUGAUCUUGAAACGUUUAUGCAAGGAGAGUACCUACUGGAUGAACUUGUACAGUCAUUGAAAGACUAUGCGGAUUAUGAAUCGUUAGUAGAAAUUAUUUCCAAAAAACUUUAAAUUGAUUUGUUAUUAAAGACUUUUACAACUAAUGAAAAAUUUUACUACAGCAAAUCAGAUUGUGUGUAAUCACCAAUAUUGUCUUGAAACAUGAGUUAACAGGAGCAAUAUGCAUAUUUUUAAGAGUUUAUGUAAAUAAAUCUCUCAAAAUGUAUUAGUAAAAAUAUACAUACAAUAUAAUCAUGGCUCUGGUUAUGUAUUUUGGACCCCUUAAAAGAAAUAGACAAAGGAAAGUCAUUGUUUUAUGUAAGAUAUUUAAUAACUGAUCCAAAAUUGGUUUAUUAUAAAACACUUCAAACAUAUAGUAGAAAUAUGACAGUAAAUACUGUAUUAGUUAAGGUCUAGUCAGAAAACAGAAACCAUACCAUUAAAUUUUUUUUGAGUGUUUUUCCUGAUUUUAGAGAGGAAAGGAGAGGGAGAGAGAGAAACAUCAAUGAGAGAGAAAUAUCCAUUGGCUGCCUCUGCACACCCCUUACUGGGGGUUGAGCAGGCAACCAGGCCAUGUGCCCUGACUGGGAAUCGAAUCUGCAACCUCCUGGUGGGUGGGAUGAUGCUCAACCAACUGAACCACACUGGCCAGGCCAUACCAUUACUUUUAAUGGGGGUAAUUUUGAUAAAAUGUUUUAGCUGAUAAUGGGAUCAGCUAUUGGGGAGAGCUCAUACACUAGGACUGAGGUUGUCCAAGGAUAGAACACCCUUGGAAGGGACUUCCCUUCCCCAAGGGGUCAAGGCAGGCCAGUGGGAGAGGGUGUGGCUCCAGCUCAAUUAAUGACAAACUUUCCUUGGGUCAGAGCUGGCAGGUUCCCACUGCCUCCCAAACAGAACUGAUUCUUAUGCGUGCGGACGUCCACAUCUGUAUCCAGCAUCAUUUCAAAGUAGCCCAUUUUACACACCACCCCCUUACAUCGUAUCAAAUUGCAUAUUUUUGUUUACAAUAAACGCACCUGACUUAAGCUUG